CUCCGCGAUUGGCUGGCGACCACACACCAGCCAGGCGCCGGUGUGUGAGCCUAAAUCAAGUAGUAGUGGCUUAAUUGGGUGUGAAAUGGCGCUGUCGCAAGGAACAAAAAAGAAAGUUUGCUAUUACUACGACGGUGACGUGGGGAACUACUACUACGGCCAGGGCCACCCGAUGAAGCCGCACAGGAUCCGCAUGACACACAACCUGCUCCUAAACUAUGGCCUGUACAGGAAGAUGGAGAUCUACAGGCCGCACAAAGCAAGCGGCGAGGAGAUGACAAAGUACCACAGCGACGACUACAUCAAGUUCCUCAGGUCCAUCCGGCCGGACAACAUGUCGGAAUACAGCAAGCAGAUGCAAAGAUUCAAUGUGGGAGAAGACUGUCCAGUGUUUGACGGCCUGUUCGAGUUCUGCCAGCUCUCCACAGGCGGCUCCGUGGCGGGCGCGGUGAAGCUUAACAAGCAACAGACCGACAUCGCUGUCAACUGGGCUGGGGGGCUCCACCACGCCAAGAAGUCUGAGGCGUCUGGUUUCUGCUACGUCAACGACAUCGUGCUCGCCAUCCUUGAGCUGCUUAAGUACCACCAGCGUGUGCUGUACAUCGACAUCGACAUCCACCACGGCGACGGCGUGGAGGAGGCUUUCUACACCACCGACCGUGUCAUGACCGUCUCCUUCCACAAGUACGGAGAGUACUUCCCGGGCACCGGAGACCUAAGGGACAUCGGCGCCGGGAAAGGAAAGUACUACGCUGUCAACUAUCCACUGAGAGAUGGCAUCGACGACGAGUCUUACGAGGCCAUCUUCAAACCUAUCAUGGCCAAAGUGAUGGAGAUGUACCAGCCAAGUGCAGUGGCCCUGCAGUGUGGUGCCGACUCCCUGUCAGGCGACAGACUGGGCUGCUUUAACCUCACCAUCAAAGGUCAUGCAAAGUGCGUGGAGUACAUGAAGAGCUUCAACCUGCCGCUGCUGAUGCUGGGCGGGGGCGGCUACACCAUCCGCAACGUGGCGCGCUGCUGGACCUACGAGACGGCGGUGGCGCUGGACUGCUCCAUCCCCAACGAGCUGCCCUACAACGACUACUUCGAGUACUUCGGGCCAGACUUCAAGCUGCACAUCAGCCCUUCCAACAUGACCAACCAGAACACCGACGAGUACCUGGAGAAGAUCAAGCAGCGGCUUUUUGAGAACCUGCGCAUGCUGCCCCAUGCGCCGGGCGUCCAGAUGCAGCCCAUACCCGUGGACGCACCGCACCCCGACAGCGCUGAUGAGGACGACGAGGACCCGGACAAACGCAUUUCCAUCCGCGCACAUGACAAGAGGAUAGCGUGCGACGAGGAGUUCUCCGACUCGGAGGAUGAGGCUGAGGGGCAAGGAGGCGGCCGGCGGAAUGUGACUAAUCACAAGAAGGCCAAGCGGGUGAAGAAAGAGGAGGAGCGUGACAUGGACGAAAAGAAAGAUGUGAAUGAUGAUCUCAAGGAGGAAAAGAUGGAUACUUCAGCAGCAAAAGAAGUGAAGACUACUUGAAGACAGAAGUGCUUUGACUGCCGUGCUUAUGGAGCACAUACCCCGUUGCCAGUGUUAAGCCCCCACCCGCCCGAUGCACCAUGUAGACCAAAACAACCUCAUCAUUGUUUGUGCUCCAUCCAAAAUGAAGAAACCCAUCCUUGCUCAAAUUACCCUCAUCAGUAUUUUUUUAAUACAUAUUAAGCGUCUAUUUGUAAUAAUGACUGAAUGCGUGUAAUUAUGAUCUUCCUUGCUGUCGCUCCACUCUUAAGUUAUUUUUAAAGCAUCCUAUAUUUUGUUUCAUUGUGCUUCAGUCUGAAGCCCCCACCCCCUUUUUAUAUAUAUAUAUAUAUAUAUAUAUAUAUAUAUAUAUAUAUAUAAAAAAGCAAGUCAAGCUUAUUUUGUGGUCGUGUACAAAGGUGAUGUGAUCUUGCUACCAGGACUUUUGACUUUGUAAUAAAAAAAUAAUAAUAAAACAGAGAAACUCACUGAGUUAAUUUUGGACAAAUCACACAGGCGCUAUAUGAAGUUGGAACUGUUUAGUUGAAGGUGGUAGAAAUGCUGUGUUACGUGGGGGUGUCAAGUCUUAUCAUGGCAAAAUGUUUAAAAAAAAAAAGACCUGCUUUGGAUGCCCACUAGGCAUGA